AUGCGUCCUGCACACUGCCUCUUCUCGCCCUCGAGGGCUCUGCGCUCCGUGUUUCUGCCGGCGCAGCUGGAGAUGGCCACCAACAUAACCCGCCUGCCAGUCUAUCUGCUCGCGCCUCGACUCUUUAGCACAUCGAGCCCUCGGUCCUUUAUCCGGUCACGACCCAAGCCGCCCAGCAGCGGAGGAGGUGGUGGUGGUCAGAAACAAGGCGGCAAGCUCCCUUCAAACCUACCCUCGGACAAUGCCAUCCCGUACACGUGGAUCCGCGUGGCCGAAUGCCAGAAGCACGGCAUGAAGCCCAUGAACCCGAAUACGGACCUCUCGAUACCCCUGCGCGCGCGGGACGUUUUGCGCAAUCUCGACCGGGCAAAGUACACGCUGGUCAUGGUGGCCCUGCCGCCGUCCAAGCAGCGACGACAAGACGACGAGGAAGCCCAGGACGAGGAAGACGUCGAGGACCAGCCCCGCACCCCGCAGGAGCUCGAGGAGCGCGAGCGCCGCGACAGCCCCGUGUGCCGCAUUAUUGACAAGCAGGCGCACGUGCGGGACCAGGAGGACAAGGCCAAAGAGGCCCGGCGCAAGGAGCUCAACCGCAAGGAGAUUGAGCUCAACUGGGCCAUUGCCCCCAACGACCUGCAGCACCGCCUCAAGCAGAUGCGUGCGUUCCUGGAAAAGGGCAAGCGCGUCGAGAUCAUGAUUGCCAAGAAGCGCGGGGGCCGCGUCGCCACGGCCGACGAGGCGGCGGCGCUGCUCGAGGCCCUCAAGGAGGCGGCCGCUGAGACCAAGGCCACGCAGGUCAAGAUUACCGGACAAUUUCCCGCUGUGGUGCGGUUGAUUUACGAGGGCAAGGCUCCCAAGUCUGCUUGA